AUGCUGGAUGGUUUCACAUUUUCCCGACUCCAGGUUUAUGCCUUGUCUAUCGCUGUUUUAAAUCCCGUUCCAUUAUUUUUCAACAACAGGUUAUCUAAACAAAUUAUGCAGGUGAGAAACCAAUCCGGUGAGUGGAUCUCAGCUCCUCCGAUUCCCGGAACAUUUGUCUGCAACAUUGGUGAUAUGUUGAAGAUACUAUCUAAUGGUUUAUACGACUCAACUCUACACCGAGUUAUCAAUACAUCUCCUACAUAUCGGCUGAAUUAUGAUGCAGCGGUGGAGCCUUUGGAAGUCUUCUUACAGAGGAGCGGUGGAACUCGGAAGUUCGGAAAAGCUGUUUACGGAGAACAUUUAGUUAGCAAAGUUAAAACAAACUUUGUAAUUGAUGAAGCUUGA